UGUGCACAAAAAAUGUAAAACAAAACACCAUCUAUAUGGCAGGAGUCAACACUGCAAGUAAAAACUGGGCCAACAGAGGGCCUUGGUAACCAUAGCAACACCUCGAACAACAACAGAUGCUGACAGCAGCUUUUGCAAAAUAGGUUUCCUGUAUAUUGACCAGUGUUACAGGGACAAUAUGGAAACUCACGGACCUUCACCUAAUGUCAAUCUCACAGCGGAGUCAGCUCAACUUGUAAAAACCCUGCUGGAGAAACACCGCCACACUAUCACGAAGGAGCAGGAGGGAAACUCUCCUGAGAGUGAGUUGAAGAAUAUUAAGUGGGUUGCAAACAAAGACUUCACGAUGGAAGUGGGGAAACAGCAGAUUGGGGAAUACAUUCAAACAUGGGAUGUGCAGCCAUGCUGGCUUUACAGUCUGGAUUUUCUCUUCACGACCGAGGAGGAGCAUCACACCUUCUACCACUACCGGGCACGCUUUAGCACCCCGACACCGCGGAAGCCUAUUCAGGGGACGGCUUGUGUCUACUUCAUCAUGGACACCUCUAAAGUCAGAGACCAAACUCUGCCCGUGGAGGUGCACUUCGUGGUGGAGUCAAAUAGGCUGGUACACACGCCGGGGAGGACCAGAUUCAGAGAGAAGUGGCUGGCGGACGUUAUUGAGAGCAAGACUUUGCUCCGAAAUGCGGUGCAGUUUUGAAUCGACUGUCAUUAGACACCACAGAACCACCCGGAAGAUUCCCGAAUCCUUGCGAAAAUACCAGUGUUGUCAUUAGAUCCCACAUUGUGGCUUUGAAUUUUCUGCUACCCUAGCCACUUCGCAAUAAAAUAGCUCGAAACGAAAAUGACAAGCUAGUUGCCAGUCCUCAUUCACUGCUUCUGAAUUGUCUGUUUUGUUGGACCUCACAGUUGCUGCAACGCUAAAUGUUAGCCAGGUUCAAAACUGAUUCAGACGUAUUCAAGACUGCGACACUAUUUAUGUUAUAUUAUAUGUUUAUUCAAAGGAAUAAACACCUCAUGAGCAUGAUGUUUGAAAGCUAGCUUGCUAAGCAGACAGCUGUGUACAUUGCGAAACGUUUACUAGCUACAACCUAUUAGCUGCUGCUAGCCACGUUAAUGAAUGAACGGCGUAUUGUCAGUUUUUCCACUUUGACACAAUGUCACAUAA